AUGUUUAACUCACUCGUGUCUCGUGCGCGGUCGGUUUGGGGAACGAAAGGAAAUGAUGGAUACAUAUUUCCCACGGUAGACCCCGAAUCAGACGGCCCGGAUUGUACCAGAGACUGUGCAGAUUGUACGAUAAAAUAUCCUUCGCGCUUCAUGACCGAAAACCAACGACGGCUCUAUGGCAAGGUCAAGCCGUUUGCGACUCAUGUCCUUGUGGCCACAGGCAAGUCGGACUGGGUUCCGAAGGUGGAAAAUAUGCAGGGAACCUUGAUGGAAGCUUUUGCAAGUACUUCGCGUCAAACAGAGCAGGGUGUUCCGCAUUAUGGUCUCUGCAUCGAAUAUACCAACUUCACAAGCCUGCACCGAUGCUGUAUCCCUAAAUUCCAAGACGAAUCUACUAUUCUAUUAUUGCCUUCCUUUACGUUUGUCGACAGAGUGCGAGUUGGAGAUAUUCCGGAGUUGAAGAGCCGCUUCAUUGAAGCCCUAGCUGUAGACGAGCGAAAUGAUGCCGACACAGGGCGUCGUUUGACACCUCGAUCUUGCCAGCGAGACUAUGUAGUCCUACUUUGUUCUCACAAAAGUCGAGAUGCACGAUGCGGGAUAUCAGCACCACUUAUAAAACGCGAACUUGAGCGCCAUCUGCGACCUCUCGGGCUCCAUCGCGACGACAGUGACGACCGCCCUGGCGGGGUGAGUGUUUACUUCGUCUCGCACGUGGGCGGGCAUAAAUUUUCGGCAAAUGUGCUUAUUUACCGGAAGGAGGCAGAACAGAUGAUCUGGCUCGCACGAGUUCGACCAGAGCAUUGUGAAGGAAUUGUCAAGUAUACAAUUUUAAAGGGCAAAGUGGUUCACCCCGACUUCCAGCUCCGGGGCGGAUUUGAUAACAAACGCUGUUUGACAAGUUGGUAG